GGGGAUAACAUUGAGAGGGUGAAGGAGAGAAGCGAGAGAAACCAUCUUUCCUCUGUCUCUGCUUUUCAUUUAGACUGUUCAGCUGCCUCUCUGAUGUGCGGAGCCCUUAACACUUUUCUUUCUUCUGUGAUCUCGUUUCCACUGGAGCCUGACGCCAAACUUGAGAACAACAAGAACCGAAGGAGACAGUGAAGGAGGACAGGGCCAUGGCCUCGUGGUUCAGCUUGAAUGAGCCCUAUCAGCGGAGCCCCCGCAGGGAUCCGGCCGACGUGGUCACCGACACCCUGAUGAUGGAGCUCAAUUGGCAGCAGAAGGAAGCAGAGAGGCUGCAAAGGGAGAGGGAGAACGAGUACCGGCGCUUGAAGACCGGGGUAGAUUACAGCUGGCUGGCCAGCACGCCUCGCUCCUCCUUCAACAUCAGCACUGGGGAAAGACUGGGCCUGGAGGACCUUUGCUCCAAGGUGCCACCGUCCUGCUGUGGGCUGGUCAUCCUCAAGUUUAGGGAUGUUAUCCAGGCCAACGAGCCCGAGGUACACGAGGUUUCCGGCCACUUCCGUUCCGUCCUCCUGGAAACUCUGGAUCAGCUGAAGGAGGAGCAGGAGACGCAGCGGCUGGCCCGCCAGUGGAACAACAAGCGAGCCAUGAGCAUGAACUUCAGGUCUCGGAUCAAGAUCAACCCGUUUGGAAGCACGACGGGCCUCACCACUGCGGUGGCCAGUGGGACGGGCCUGAGUGACCUCAAAACCGUCUCUGAGGAUGUGGAGAAGGGGAUGGAGAGAGAGGAGAGGGCGCAGAGGGUGUGGAGCAUGCCCGACUUUAGAUACAAAGGAAGCAGCGGCAGUAGUAGAGUUGUCUGAUGUCUUAAAGGUGUUUUAAAGGACACGUGUUACAGGUGGACGUUUCAGUGGGACUGAUAUCUGAGACUUCAUGUCUAACAGGUUCAAGGGCAAGGCAAGAUUCUCUGUACCUUGCAACAAGUUUUCAGUACUUGAAGCAGUUAAAUAAGUUGCCAGAGAUUAUAUUUUGCAGUGAUGUCUCUUAUUUUGUAGAAAUUUGGCAUCAAAGCAUUGAGCGCUAUUUAUACUGCAGCCUAAUAGUAUUAUUUACAAAUUAUUGAAGUAAUUUUAAAGCUUUUUUGAUGGGGGGUGAUGUGGCUCCCUUGGUCAAAACAGAAAAGCUAAAUGUGUGAAAUGUCCAUAAAGUGCAAAAUGUUUCUGUAGGAGGCUCUUCUAUACAGUUCAAAAGAGUGAGUCAUCCUCCAUAUGUGAAAACCGCACACAAGGACUUACUAGCAGAAUGCACCCAAGGUUAGAAAAUUGAAAGCUUUUCCCCCUUUUCAAGAGGGUUUAAAAAGAAAACGCAAAAACACAUUCAAUAAAAUCUUUUUGAGUGAAA